UUCGAUAUAAGUUUGUUUUAUUCGUUCGUAUUAAAGUUUCUUUAAAGUAAACUUAUAGCUGAUUGGUUAAAAUAGAUCUUUUGGUUUAAUGUUAUAUUUUUACCCUAUCUCUUGUCGUUAAUACCGGCUUUGUCAUUUUAAUAAGUAACGAAAACAAGUUUUGUUCGAAAUAUAGUUCACCCUAUCAGGUCAUCUGUUUCUGAUAGUCGAGCCGGUUGCACCUAGCAGCUCUUUAUAUUUAAUAUUUUAGAUACAACUUUUGCGAAAUCAACAUGGGCCGUAAAUUCGUUGUUGGCGGUAACUGGAAAAUGAAUGGAGAUAAAAAUCAAAUAAACGAAAUAGUCAACAAUUUGAAGAAAGGCCCUCUUGACCCCAAUGCUGAGGUUGUUAUUGGUGUGCCUGCAAUUUAUCUGGCUUAUGUUAAAAGCAUUAUUCCUAACACUAUUGGGGUUGCAGCACAAAACUGUUGGAAGGCACCUAAAGGUGCAUUCACAGGAGAAAUUUCUCCAGCUAUGAUAAAAGAUGUUGGUGCUGACUGGGUAAUCCUCGGUCAUUCCGAAAGGAGAACCAUCUUUGGAGAGAAAGAUGACUUAGUUGCAGAGAAGGUGGCUCAUGCUCUCGAAUCCGGAUUGAAAGUAAUUGCAUGCAUUGGUGAAACCCUUGAAGAAAGGGAGGCUGGUAAAACUGAAGAAGUUGUGUUCAGGCAAACGAAAGCUCUCCUGCCAGCCAUUGGCAAUAAUUGGGCAAAUGUGGUAUUGGCGUAUGAACCUGUUUGGGCUAUUGGCACUGGCAAAACUGCUUCACCACAACAAGCUCAAGAGGUUCAUGCCUCUCUUCGUAAUUGGCUGUCUUCCAACGCAUCUCCUGACAUCGCAGAAACUGUUCGCAUACAAUAUGGCGGCUCAGUAACAGCAGCCAAUGCUAAAGAAUUAGGUGCCUGCCCUGACAUUGAUGGCUUCCUCGUUGGUGGAGCCAGUCUCAAACCUGAAUUUAUUGACAUUGUCAAUGCUACUCAGUAAAAUUUUAAUACAUUCAUCAACUCUCGUGCAAAUGUUAGUGAAAAUAAAUUAUUCAAAUAUUUUUCUGUUAUAGAUAUUAACAUAGUUCUUAUAUAUUUAUCAAAACAGAUUUUAAGGCAUAUAACAUAUAGUAUAUUGCUCUUAGAUUAAUAGAAGAACUUUUUUAUGCGAAAUCAAAAUAUAAAAUAAUGUUUUAAGGUCUUGGAAAUAUAAAAUAUGCUGGCGAGAUCAUUGCAUUCUAAUUGCAGAGACUACGUUUAUUGAAUUGUGCGAUUAAGUGCUUGUGAAAAGAGUAUAUGAUAUGUUUUUUUUAUUCUAUUUCCAUUUGCAACAAUUUAUAUUCCAAUGUGUUCUUUACUUAUUUAUUUUUUUCAUUGUUUGUCAGUUGAUAUAGACAUUUUUGUUUAAAAAACGUUUAUAUUAUGCCUAAUAAAAUAAAAGUCUAAAUAAAUGUUUAAA